AUGGCAACCCAGCCCCCCCGGCGGAAGCAGGCCCCCCCAAAGCUGGGCAAGACCGAGGUGCGCCAGCAAAAGAGGAAGAGGGACCACGACGACCUGCAGGCGCUCGAGGCCGCCGUCGCCAACCUCGGCCCCAAGUCGACCGACAUCCAAAACUUCUCCGACCUCCCCCUCGCCGAGCCCACCGCCGCCGGCCUCAAGGCCUCGCACUUCCAGUCCCUGACCGACGUCCAGCAGCGUGCCAUCCCCCUCGGACUCAAGGGUUGCGACAUCCUCGGCGCCGCCAAGACGGGCAGCGGCAAGACGCUGGCCUUUCUCGUCCCCGUCUUGGACAAGCUCUACCGCGCCCAGUGGACAGAGUUCGACGGCCUCGGCGCCCUCAUCAUCUCCCCGACCCGCGAGCUCGCCGUCCAGAUCUUCCACGUCCUCCGCAAGAUCGGCCGGUACCAUGCCUUUUCCGCCGGCCUCGUUAUCGGCGGCAAGAGCCUCAAGGACGAGGCCGAGCGCCUGUCUCGCAUGAACAUUCUCGUUUGCACACCCGGCCGCAUGCUCCAGCACCUCGACCAGACCGCCGGCUUCAACGCCGAUAACCUGCAAGUGCUGGUCCUCGACGAGGCCGACCGCAUCAUGGAUAUGGGCUUCCAGUCUGCCGUCGACGCACUCGUCGAGCACCUGCCCAAGACGCGUCAGACCCUCCUCUUCAGCGCCACCCAGAGCAAAAAGGUCUCCGACUUGGCCCGCCUCAGCCUCCGCGACCCCGAGUACGUCUCCGUCCACGAGGCCGCCGCCACCGCCACCCCGACCAACCUCCAGCAACACUACAUCGUCACGCCCCUGCCUGAAAAACUCGACAACCUCUACGGCUUCAUCAAGUCGAACCUCACGAGCAAGAUCAUCGUCUUCCUCAGCUCAGGCAAGCAGGUUCGCUUCGUCUACGAGAGCUUCCGCCACCUCCAGCCCGGUAUCCCCCUGCUCCACCUCCACGGCCGCCAAAAGCAGGUGGCGCGCCUCGAAAUCACCUCCCGCUUCACCGCCGCGAAGAACUCGUGCCUGUUUGCCACGGACGUGGUUGCCCGCGGCAUCGACUUUCCUGCCGUCGACUGGGUCAUACAAGCCGACUGCCCCGAGGACGUCGACACGUACAUUCACCGGGUCGGUCGGACGGCUCGCUACCAGAGCACUGGCCAUGCCGUACUCUUUCUUGAUCCGAGCGAGGAGACCGGCAUGAUCAGGAAGCUCCAACAAAAGAAGAUUCCCAUCCAGAAGGUCCACGUCAAGGAAAAGAAGAAGCGUGACAUCAAAGACCAAUUACAAAACAUGUGCUUCCAGAACCCAGAUCUCAAGUACCUCGGGCAAAAGGCCUUUAUCAGCUACACGCGAGCGAUCCAUCUGCAAAAAGACAAAGACGUCUUCAAGCUCAGCAAACUCGACCUCGACGCCUUUGCCGCAAGCAUGGGCCUGCCGGGGACGCCUCAAAUCAAGUUCCAAAAGGGCGAGGACGUGAAAAGGAUCAAGAACGCACCGCGCGCAGGCAUGUCGGGUGGGUCCGAGUCGGAAUCGGACGCGGACGACGAGGGCGUGAAACUGAAAAAGAACAAGAACAAGAACGAGGUCCGGACAAAAUACGACAAGAUGUUUGAGCGGCAGAACCAGGAUGUGCUGUCCAGUCACUACUCGAAACUCGUCGUGGACAGCAGUCAGGGUGACCAGGCCCAGCGAGGUGACGAUGACGACGAUGACGAGUUCCUCCAGGUCAAGCGGCGCCUAAACGACGACGACCUGGACGCAGAGUCCAAAAAGGCAGACGUCAGCGCCGCAAAGCGGCGCGAAAAGGCGCUGCAGUCCAAGAAGAAGAUGCUCAAGUUCAAGGGCAACCCGACCAAGCUCGUCUUUGACGACGACGGCGCCGCCCACGCCAUCUACGAGCUGCAGGACAAGGACGACUUUGAGCAGCAAGGCCCCGCGCACGAGCAGCGGCAGCGCUUCGUCGAGAGCGAGGCGGCACGCGUGCGCGAAGCCGACGUCGACGACAAGCAGCUCGCCAGGCAGCGCAAGCGGGAGAAGCGCGACCGGCGAAGGGCCAGGGAGGCCCUCGAGCAGCAGGCCCUGUCGACGGACGAGGCUGGGCCCCCGCCCGUGCUGGGCGGCGCCGACGUCGACGGCGGUAGGCAAGACGCGCUGGCUUUGCUGCGGUCGCUGCCCUUGGCCGGCGCCGGCGCCGGCGAGUCCGGGGCCGAGGAGCCUGAGGCCGAGCCGCCGCGGAAAAAGGCCAAGAAAUGGUUCCAAGACGACGAGUCCGACGGCGCCAAGAACGGCUGCAGCAAAACGAAGAAGACGAGCAAGGCGGGCAAGGUGUUCGAGGUCGACGAGCAGCCCGAGACGCUCGAGGGCCUGGAAGCCCUGGCCACGGGGCUGCUGGAUGGGUGA